AUGUCUGAGGCAAUGCCCGCCCGAGAGGAGCCAGGCCGCAGGGAAGCGACGUCUCGGGGCUCACCAACGCCUUCGAGGCUGAGGAGGUUGCUGUCUUCCCAAGACCCUGAGAAGCUGUGUGGGAUUCAAUAUACAUUUGCGUACAAACUUGUGUCUUGUGUAUUGCAGUAUUUAUCCAGGUGUGUUGUUGGGGCAUCGCUUGAAAGCAUAGGGGAAGAAGAGGAGGAGGAAGAUGAAAAUAAUUCGGUUGCCGAAGUUUCUAGUAGGCCAAAGGAGGGAGUCUACCAAGUAGUGGGUACCCUUUCCAAACCAGAGAGUACUAAACCACAUUUUGCAGAGGAAACAUAUGCAGUGUCUUCUCGAGAAGAGCUCUUAAGUCACUUGCUUGAGUGUGACAUUGUUUUAUAUAAUAUCACUGAGGAUGCAAAUCAAAUUGAGGAAGCAACAUGGGCUGCUUCUGCUCUACAUAUGGAAAUAGAGCAUUUUGCAACACCAAAGUUAUUCAUCCUCAUUUCAACAAUAAUGAGCUGGGCAAAAAGCAAACCCCCUGACCCUGAAGACCCUGAGAUUCCUUUUACUGAUGAAGAUUAUCACAGAAGAAAAUCUCAUCCUAACUUUAUAGAUCACAUAAAUGCUGAAAAACUCGUUCUCAAACUUGGGAAAACUAACAAACAUAAAUUUUCAACUUAUGUUGUUGCCUCAGGACAUCAAUAUGGAGCUGGGGAAGGACUCCUGCACUACUUUUUUAAGAUAGGUUGGCUUAGUGAGACUCCUGCAAUACCUGUUUUUGGAGAUGGAAACAAUUUUAUUCCAACUAUUCAUGUUCUUGAUUUAGCAGCAGUGUUACAAAACAUAGCAGACCACAGGCCGAGGUCUCACUAUAUACUUGCAGUAGAUGUAUCUAUGCACACUCUUCAAGAAUUAAUAAAGUGUAUCAGUAAGAAUGUUGGACCAGGAAAAAUUGAGAAGAUUCCAAAAGAAAAUGCAUUCCUGAGCAAAGACUUAACACAAAUGCAUUUGGAUAUGUUGCUUGUGAACCUGCGAAUGGAAUCUAUGUUUCUGAAAGAGACUUUCAAUAUUAAGUGGGUUGCUGAGGCAGGACUGGUGGAGAACAUUGAACAAAUCGUCAAGGAAUACAAGCAAAGUCGAGGAUUACUGCCUCUCAAAGUUUGCAUUCAUGGUCCUCCUGGGGUUGGCAAAUCAACCAUUGCUGAAGAGCUCUGCAAAUACUACAAGCUACAUCACAUUAAGAUAAACGAUGUGAUUUCUGAAACAAUAGCAAAUCUGGAGAAAAUUGUGGCGCCUAAAGAACUGGAAUCUGAUAGUGUAGAAGAAGAGGGAGAAGAUGAUGAAGAGGAGGAGGAGGGUAAAAAUGUAGAUGCAGCACAAGAGUUAUUAGCUGAAAUAAAAGAAAGCAUGGAGCAGAACACAGGUCGGCUAGAUGAUCAGUAUGUUGUUAAAUUUGUGAAGGAUAAGCUCAAAUCUAUGCCUUGUAGGAAUCAGGGAUAUGUUUUAGAUGGAUUCCCAGAGACCUAUGAUCAGGCAAAAGAUCUUUUUAAUUUGGAAAGUGAAGACGAAGAAGAAGAAAUUAAAGGCAAAAUACCUAAGUGUGAUAAAUUAAUCACUCCUGAAUUUGUUAUUUCUUUGACUGCAUCUGAUAAAUUCCUUAUAAACAGAAUAAUAAAUCUGCCAGAGAGUGUUGUUGCUGGAACUCAUUAUACCCAGGACCGGUUCCUGCAAUCUCUAAAUCUCUUCAGAGAGUUAAACACAGAAGAUGAGACUGUACUCAACUAUUUUGAUGAACUUGAAAUACAUCCUCAGUUUGUUGAUGUAGCCAAAUUUGAAGAUCCUGAGAACAGACUUAUUUUAAAAGAGAUCAUCAAAGAAAUUGGGGAACCUCGGAAUUAUGGUUUGACAGAUGAAGAAAAGGAGAACUUGGAACGCAAAGCAGCUGAGGAACGCCUUGUCAAAGAAGCUCAAGAAAAAGCUGAACGAGAGCGUAAAGAAGCUGAGGAAAGGGCUGAAAGGAUGGCAAAUUGGGAAGAGUGGAAUAAACAUCUGGAGGAAGUUAAAAGACAAGAACAAGAGUUAUUGGAAGCCCAGUCCAUUCCACUACGAAACUAUUUAAUGAAGAAUGUCAUGCCAACACUUCUGCAAGGGAUAAAUGAAUGCUGUAGGAUCAGGCCAGAUGACCCAGUUGAUUUUCUGGCAGAAUAUCUCUUCAAGAACAGUCCUGAUAUCGAAUGA